AAAAAAACACUACUUCCUGUGGCGCGUAUUAUUAAAAACGUUCAUUGACUUAACGUUGCUAUAGUUACAAAAUAGCGAGAUAUUCUUAUUGUGGAAUUUGUGUUUUUAAUAAAUAAAAUAGGAUAAAACACAUCAUGGUCGAAAAGGAUCCCCAGCUAAGUGCCUUAGAACCGGGGGAACUAGAUUUGUUCGUAGAAAGCAUGGAACCUUCGCGCUUGGAACUCAUUGGGAAUAAGGCUUGGGUAGACUGGCAUAUAAGACUACAAAAACUGAACCAGCAAGCUGUUUUAGAAGCUUCGUCUAUGCAAGAGGAACUUACUAAAGAAACACUAAUUUCUUGUGGGAAGUUACCUGUUCUUAUUUACGAAGCCAUUUGUAUCCAAGUAUGGCGUACCAAAAUAUAUCCGCAAAUAAUAAAAUUGGAGCCAGCGCCGGCAAACACUUUCGGGGUUUAUAUGGUCUUGUACCACGAAGCAGCGGCAAUAGGGUUACUGGAGACAGUUCUGUUUCACGAAGAUGGCGCCACGUGUGUCAGCGAUGUGGCCAUCGACUUGCUGCAAUAUGCACUAGAUCAAUUAACUGCGUUGGUUGCGCUCAUCAAUAACGAUUACCUGAAGCCGGUGACAGCGAAGCAGAUGGAGUGCGAGACGGUCCUCGAAGAAUUGGAGCGGCAGAAACGGGACUUGCAGUUCGACAUCAGUAUGAGAUGCAUUUCUAUCGUGCGUUAUUUAGCGGAGCACAUGGAAGUGGCCGGCAUCGGCGCGUCGCUCGCCACCAACCUAUACAAGACGCAGGACGUGCCCUCGCUUCUGUGCCAUCUGAUCAUGCACGAGCCCUGGAUGAAGAGGAACGACAGUGGAGACCUCGAGGUGUUUAAUUAUGGUAGAUGGACUAAGCCGACCACAGAGGAUCUGACGCAGCUUCACCGCAGCGAGGCGCAGCUGUGGCUGUGUUUGCGGCAGCUGUUACUGGAGCCGCGUCUCGUGCAGUACUACACUAUUGACGAGUGUCGACGGAAUUCUUUUUGCAGACUCCAAGCCAAGAUGACAGAGACGAUGCUGGACCAGAUCCCACCGUUGGGCGAGCUGAAGAUGUUCCUCUGCCGGCUCUCCGUGGGAGACUUCUCCAGCCUACACAACCGCACCAACGGGAACACUGUCAAGAACCCAGGCUGCACGCUCAUUGAAGUGGUCCCUCAGAUAAAAGAAAUGUACAUGAAACAAGUCCACAAGCGAACCAAAUCUCUAGCGAAGACCCAACUAGAAUACUUCCACAUGGACGGCUCGGACGAGACGCGGGAAAUGGCAAAGAAGCUUCUAGAAUCUUAUACUAGUGACGCGGCGCUGGCACUCGACAGUGGUGGGGCCAAGUGCGCCAAAUGUGGAGAGAAUGCAAGCAAGAAGUGUUCGAGGUGCAAGACUGAAUGGUAUUGUGGCAGAGAAUGCCAAGUGCAGCAAUGGCCGAAGCACAAGGAUUUCUGCGAUCAAUACGCCAAGUUCUGUUUAUAAACUAUUUAAUUUUCCCGAAAUGUUUAUUUAAUUUACUGUUUUGUUUAGGGUAGUUUGAUUCAAUAAAAUACACAUGUCAAUUUU